AUGGUGAAGUUCCAUCUCGUCUGCGGCGUGUUUCUGUUCGCCUUCCUCAGCUGGGCCCACGGGCUGCCGGUGAAGGAUCAGGAGCUGGAGGAGGUGCUCACCAAGCUGCAGGAGCUGAAGCGCCUCAACGAUGGAAAACUAACCGACGAGAAGCUACAGGUAGGCUCGAACAGCGGUGGGCAGCGUGCCACGGGGGCCCAACAGACGGCAACGGCGACCGCCGGCUAUAAGACGAAGAGAUCGCUGAACAACUCGGACCGCCGGACGCUGCUGUACAACUACUACUCGCGCGGACUGGCCCCGAUGUACGACAAGCGAAACUUCGACGAGAUCGACCGAUUUGCCCGGUUCAACGGCAAGCGCAACCUGGACUACGAGCCAUCGCUCACGGGUUCCACGGACCACGGCUACAACGGACGUUUCAGCAAGCGUAACUUUGAUGAGAUCGAUCGCUACAAUGCAGGCUUUACCUACCGCCUGAACGGUGACGAGCUGAAUACGAUCGGCAAGCGGAACUUCGACGAGAUCGACCGGUUUGGGCGGUUCGCCUUCAACAAGCGCUACUUCCCGGAGGUGAACGAGCUCGGCAACGGAAACAGUCUCAAGCACGACCUCUCGGAGGACAUGGCGGUCAUCAACGAGUACGCACAGUAAACACAAACAGUGGCAGCCGGGAAUGGAAUGAUUUAUGUGUAGGAGUUAAAGUUAAGACUUUUCGAAAGAUCACCACUAAGUAUUGCGCACCGACACCGGACAAUUUUGACCACACCCACCAACCGACCCCAUUUAGGCAGCAAUCAAUUAUAGGGGAGGAAGAAUACGCUGAAAUUAGUGUUUAUACUACUACUACUACUACUACUAUUACUACUUCUGCUACUGUUGACUCUGACAAUUUUACCAACUCCAUGGUACGAAAAUGUUAGUAGGUAAUGGAAAACAGAAACACAAGCACACACACACACGCCAAAUAUACCAGACUGGACUGCCGGGGAGGAUGAAAGGAUGAAUUGUUUUGUGCUGUUAUUCACCCUUUGUCAGGGUAGUGGGUCAAAGAUAUGAGCUCACCAUAUUCUGUUGUCACUGUCUUCGUAGAAACUAGAAAACAAAAAAACACAAAUUGUAAUAUGCAACAAUGUACUAUGAUGUAAGCAGGGAACCAUUGGGAAACCGGUUGGAUAGGGAAGAGUGACCACUUGUGUGUAACAGCGUGCUAAACGAACUAUGUAAAAGGAAUGGAGAGUGCAAAUAAUAAACAAAAACGAAAACUAAACAAAAGUUUCGCCAAAAAGGAAACAUUCUUGAAAAUGAAACACACACUUCUUACUGAAUAAACCAAACGCUCAUGGUAAGGUUUUUAGCUCUAAUUGAUUGUGUUCGAAACUUUGUGGUGUUUGUUCGUGUGGGGAGCUUCUGGCUUUAGAAAAAAACAAAACAAAACAUUCGAAAGAAUAAAAAACAUGAGCCAUUAUGUAGCCGAAAUGUAGUUUA